AUGGUCUCCUCCAAAAACCAAACCAUCAAGCCUCUCCGGAAAGUACAGCACUUUCUCUCGACCACCCCGCCUGAUGUUGUCUUGAACGACAAUGUUGAGCUUGAUUUCUCUGAUGUGUUUGGUCCUCUUCCUGAAGUCAGCUCUGUAGUAGACUCAGAGAUUGCUGACUCCAGUGACAUUGUUUACGAUGAGCCUGCUGUUGUCUACAGCCGAUCCCACUCGCUCGUCGGCCCAUCUUCCUUCGGUAGUCAUUCUUUUAAGCUUAGCAAGCUCACUUUAAGGGAGACAGGGGUUCCAAUAGACUUGCUGGAGUGUCUUGAAGAUGAAACUGAGAAAGCUCUAGAGGAGGGUGAAGCCGCAUCAGGUGUAGGCAUCAAGGACUUUGAGGUUAUGAAGGUUGUUGGGCAAGGUGCAUUUGGGAAAGUGUUCCAGGUGAGGAAAAAGGGCACCUCUGAGAUAUUUGCCAUGAAGGUCAUGAGGAAGGAUAAAAUCAUGGAGAAAAACCACGGCGAAUACAUGAAAGCCGAGCGUGAUAUUCUCACCAAAAUUGAUCAUCCCUUCAUCGUUCAGCUUAAAUACUCUUUCCAGACUAAGUAUAGGCUGUAUCUCGUGCUCGACUUUAUAAACGGAGGGCAUCUUUUCUUCCAGCUCUAUCACCAAGGGCUUUUCAGAGAGGAAUUGGCUCGUGUGUACACUGCAGAAAUUGUGUCUGCGGUAUCUCAUCUUCACGAGAAAGGCAUAAUGCAUAGAGAUCUGAAACCGGAAAACAUACUAUUGGACGCAGAUGGCCACGUUAUGUUAACAGACUUUGGCUUAGCGAAAGAAUUUGAGGAAAACACAAGGUCAAACUCCAUGUGUGGGACUACGGAGUAUAUGGCACCUGAAAUCAUUCGUGGCAAGGGCCAUGACAAGGCAGCUGAUUGGUGGAGCGUGGGGAUUCUGCUCUAUGAGAUGCUCACGGGAAAGCCACCGUUUUUGGGAAGCAGAGAUAAGAUACAGCAGAAAAUUGUGAAGGACAAGAUCAAGCUCCCGCAAUUUCUGUCAACUGAAUGUCAUGCGUUACUGAAAGCGCUGCUGCAAAAAGAGCCAGAGAGGCGACUGGGAAGCGGACCAAAGGGGGCAGAUGAGAUAAAAGGGCACAAGUGGUUCAAGGUUGUAAACUGGAGGAAGCUGGAGGCGAGAGAGGUGCAGCCAAGUUUCAGGCCAGAGGUGUCGGGAAGGCUAUGCAUAGCCAACUUUGAUAAGUGUUGGACGGAUAUGUCAGUGUUGGAUUCUCCAGCCGCCAGCCCCACUGCGGAUGCAAGGGCCAACCCCUUUAUCAACUUCACAUACGUGAGGCCGCCCACGUCUUUCCUUCACCAGACCAGCUCCUUUGAUUAG